CCAAAAAAUGACAAUGGAAUUUUAUGCACACACUCCGCUUGACGAGAAUGAAGCGAGUCAGCCGCUGGUAGAUGAGAAUGAAACACGUCAGGCUCCACUAGACAAGAAUGCUCAUGAUGACAUUGUUAGAGUGUUGAACACCGCACUCGAGUUCAUAAGAAAAGUGGGUCCAGCUCUGCUUGAUGAGAAUGAAGAGGGUCCGACUCCCCUAGACGAGAGUGAAACAAGUCAGGCUCUGCUAUAUGAAAAUGAAGCAGGUGAGGCUCCACUUGACAAGAAUGAAGCAAAUCAAGCUCCACUAUGUGAGAAUGAAGUGGGUCAAGCUCGAGUUCCUCCCAUACAUCCAGAGAAUUGGCCUUCCAACUGGAAUUCAAUGAAUCAGACUUCAUUGAACUUGGAGCCACCAAACAAUAUUGGCACCAAGAAAAGAAAAUGGGCUUUGGCUGAACACAUACGCUUCCUAGAUGGAUUGACGACAUAUGGGAAGGGAAAAUGGACUGCCAUUUCUCAAAAUGUGGUGCUAACAAGAACAACAGCUCAAGUAGCUAGUCAUGCUCAGAAAUACUAUGAACACCAAGCUAAUCGAGUCAACAAAAAGAGUGAAAGAGGCAGUAUAUAUGAUUUUACCACAGACAUGCUUGUCCGUCCUAUGGAUCAAAACCAGAACCAUGCCAUUCCAUCAAUGCAUCAAUUAGAGCCACAAAAUCUUUCACAUGAGGUUCCAAUGCACCAAUCACAGCUAGUGCAUCAAUUUAACUUACAGGUUCCUUAUGAUAUUUCAAGGCAUCACUCAACCCCAAUGUAUCGGCCAACUGUUCCAAUGCAAAUUCAACCUCCAUUAAAUCAGUCUAACUCACAAAAUAUCACGAAGGCAAAUCCUGCCUGCAUGGCAGAAUUGGACCCUUCUUAUGCUCACUCAACUCCCCAACAUCAAGGGUUGUCACAGUUGACAUCUGUGUUUUCAUUCGACCCUAGGUUCUCUAAUAGGCAACAAUUGGUGAAUCAAUCUCCAUUCAACUCAAAGGCACCAACAACUAUCCAUACCCAAAUCAACAAGGGAACCCGAUGGACUGAAGAAGAACACCUGUUAUUUGUGGACGGAUUGCAAAGAUAUAGGAAGGGAGAUUGGAAGAACAUUUCCAAAAUGUUGUGCGGACCAGGACGCCAACUCAGAUUGCCAGUCAUGCUCAGAAAUACUUUAAUCGCCAAGCUAAGAAAGGGAACAACAACAAGGAUUAUCCUACUACGAAAGGGAACAAAAAGAGAGAAAGAAAAAGCAUCCAUGAUAUCACCAUUCAUGAUGUUUAUGUUGAAGCUCAACAACAAAAUCAAAUGAUGGCUUCUUCAUAUCCUCAAAACCUGAUUGUUCCUCCAAGUCUUCCCAUAGAUGAAUCUUGUAUCCCACAAAAUCGCUUAAAUUUUAAUCGGUCCCUUCAAUUUGGGUACCCAACCAGCGCCUUUCUUGUGUAAAGAUUCUUUGU